UGCGUUUUUGGCCGCUCACACGCGUGAAGUGCCUUUUCUCGCUUUGCGUGGUUGCCUUUCUCCCCAAUAUCGGCUCUUGGACGACCAGCGGCACAGCAGCCAAACCACCACCACAGCCACCAGCCAGCCAUGCAGAUCUUCGUCAAGACCCUCACGGGCAAGACCAUCACCCUCGAGGUCGAGCCUUCUGACUCCAUCGAGAACGUCAAGGCCAAGAUCCAGGACAAGGAGGGUAUCCCCCCGGAUCAGCAGCGUCUCAUCUUCGCUGGCAAGCAGCUGGAGGACGGCCGCACGCUGAGCGACUACAACAUUCAGAAGGAGAGCACCCUCCACCUUGUGCUGCGCCUGCGCGGUGGUGUCAUUGAGCCCAACCUCAAGCUCCUCGCCCAGAAGUACAACUGCGACAAGAUGAUCUGCCGCAAGUGCUACGCUCGCCUUCACCCCCGUGCCCAGAACUGCCGUAAGAAGAAGUGCGGUCACUCCAGCAACCUCCGCCCCAAGAAGAAGCUCAAGUAAACGGACCCUUGAUCGUUCUCUUGUUGUGUGUGGUGUUGUUGUGCUGUUCCGUCACGCUGUUGCUGCGUUGUGCCCCUUGUUCCUUCCUCUCUGUGUGUGGCGUCCAUCGUUUCAUGGAUGAUGAUGCUGGAAUGAUGGAUGAACAUUACAAUGAUAUGGGAAGCAGCCCUCCAACCACGCAA